UUAAAAGUCGAUGAUUGGCAACCAUCCGCUUGGUUUGUCUGUGUUUUCUCCGGGAUUGAGUUCUGUGGAAGUGUUUUAGGUUCAGUCGAAGCAUGGACGCGGUUCAGAGACACAGAUCCAUGUACAAAGGCACGACACCACCAUGGAAAGAAACAUACAGGAAGCGCUGUGUGGAGCGUCUAAAGAACAGCCGGUCGCGGUUACUGGAGAAGUUCAGACAGAUGGGAGAGGAUUCGAGCGGAUCGAACCGGUCUCUGCUGGUGCAGGAGGUGAUGGAGGAGGAGUGGAGCGCGUUACAGUCGGCCAAUCACAGGCUCCCGUCGCUGUGGAACGGAGACGGCAUCAGAGAUGUUUACACCGCACAGCGGGAGUUUGACGAACUUUCAGCGUUUGAGGAGAUUCAGCAGGAGCUCGUAGCGCAAGAGCUCUUGAUUCUGGAGGAAUAUAACAGCAGUGUGCGCUAUGAAGAACAGUAUUUGGACUCGGUGCUGGAGGGAAUGGAGCCGGGUGGACGGAUCAUAUGUCCUAUAUGUCAUGUGAAUAAUCUGACAGUGAACGGUCAUUUUACAUCAUGUCCAUGUGGCCUUUACGUCAACACGACUGGCAGGAGCGUUUCCUCAGAGGUGUUACAGAGUCUCCUAGAGAGGCGUGUGACGGAGCACAUGGAGGAUUGUCUUCAUAACCCCAGCUUCUCCAUGGCCUUUAACACGGACGGAUCCCCCAACCUCAUGAUCAGCUGCAAGGUGUUCAUGUCACGUGACCAGAGCUCGGUUCUGCUUCUCGAUCUAUUCUAAUCACGUGAUCUGCUUUUCCUCUCCCCAGGUGUGUGACUAUCUGUCCGUCGUCCUGUGAGCCGUUCCUCCACACUGCACUCUGUCUGACCGAUGUUUUUAAAUGUUAUUUCUGUGAAAUAAAGACUUAUUUGUAACCUUUA